GUGAAUUCGAAAGACUUCUGAUUACUUUCCCAUUGGUCAGUUCUUGGCUUGGUAUAUAUCAGUGUAAAAGACUGAUAUCUGAAUAUUUUUGCUGAGAAAGGGACUGAGAUCCGUAUAGUUCUGGAGGAAAGGUGUUCAUCUAUGUCGUAACAAUCCCUCCCUGUACACCUAAAUACCCGGACUCGUGAUUUACCCAAACCCACCAGACUGGUAUAUACGCAGUCCCUCUUGUUCAGGAUCCAUCACACCUGGGGAGGAUGGGUCUCCUGCAGCCAGCUGUAGUGUUACUUCUGUUGUUGAUUGUCUUGUGUAUAGCGGGACAUGCAGUGGAUGGAUACAAUGGGAGAGUUAUCGGGAAAAAAGAAGCAAGAAUCGUCCUGAAUGAAUUGAGAAAAAGACAUGUGUCACACGUGUUGAAGAGGUCAACUGAUUCUGAACUGAAUUCUGAAAUAGACGAAGAAGAGACAGAUGUUGAACUUGCUAUGAUAGAACGGGAGUUAGAGCGUUACGAAAAUGAGUUGCAGAACACUGAAGACAAAGGACCCAAAGAACGUGAAGCAGAGGGCGGGGAAAAACUCAUCCAGGAGGCGCUGAAGGGUAAUGUUGAUCCCGACUCUGACGUGGUGAAUCUAUUAGAGAGCAUGUAUGUGGACGAAGGUUCCAGACACAACCAACACCCGGAAGGUAUUGAAAACAUCGCUUCAAAGAAAGGAAAGGUAUUUGGUGACACCCAUGACGGUCAUCGCUUGACACAGCAGCAGAUUGAGGAGCUGAAUCAGAUGAAUGGUGGAAGAAAGAAGAAUUUCCUGAAGUCGGCCACUCUCUGGACAGAUAACAUCAUCCCUUACACCAUUGACAGCAGUCUGUCCACAGAUCAGAGUAAUGUAGACGUCCUUAACAAGGCCAUUCAACAGUUCACUGACUACACCUGUUUGAAGUGGGUCCCCUAUGGUUCGGCGGAGGCUAACAAGGCCUCUUAUUCUACCUACAUUGAGUUCAUCUCUGGCAGUGGAUGUUGGUCCUAUGUUGGUAGAGUCUUUGACGACAAACAGCAAAUCAGUUUAGAAGACCCAGGCUGUGUUUCGGUAUCGACAGCUGUUCAUGAAAUGACGCAUGCUAUCGGCCAGGAGCACGAACAGUCCAGGAAUGACCGAGAUAAUUACGUCACCAUGCUGUGGAGUAACAUCCAGGGAGGAGAAACUAACAACAACAUGGCGAAAUCCAACACCUAUGACUAUAACCCUUACGACUAUGAGUCCGUGCUCCAGUAUAGUUUGACAUCAUUUAGCACAAACGGACAACCUACCAUUGAGUUCAAGGAUCGACGCCUGGAUUUCCUGGCUGAUUCUGCCACUGGACUCAUGUUCUACGAUAUACAGGAUAUUACUGAUGGUUAUAAUUGUACAGCACCCUGCCGGGGCGCCGAUGGAAACACCCCCCUGAAGCAGUGUCAGAACGGGGGCUUUGUACUUCACACCUGUAAUUGUCACUGCCCUGAUGGACUCACGGGGGAUCUGUGUCAAUCCGUCCGUACUGAUCCAGCAGAAUGUGGCCCGGGAAUUAUAACUUUAGCCGACGGAGAAUCCAGGACUAUAACGUCACCAAAUUUCAACAAUGGUGGUCCCUACCCAACCGGCAAGGAGUGUGUCUGGUUGGUGAAGGUUAUGCCUGGAAAAUUUGUAGAAAUGACCAUAGAAGAGAUGGACCUUACAACCGCUUGGUCAGCGUGCGAUCAUUGGCUAGAGAUACAGUACAACCUGAUUGGUCAAACAGGACCUAGACGAUGUGGAAAAGUUAGAAAGGAGACCUAUGUAACAGCAUUGCACGGGAACCCCACUUUGAUGUUGCUGAAGUUUGACAGUGCGUUCGCGUCCACGGCCACGGCGGGAAAAGGCUUCAACCUGACCGUGUCAUCUAUGGGUGGAGCUGACAUUACUACAUCACCGGCAACACAGAAUCCCUCAACUCUCUAUCCAGUGACAUCAUUCCAAACAACUCUUUAUCCAGUAACACAAUUCCCCACAACACAGACCUCGUCACCACCUGUUGUAGACCAGGAUCUUCAUUGUACUUUUGAAACUGGAACAUCAUGCUUCCUGAAUAACAUCAACAAUGAUGAUUUUGAUUGGCAGAUUCAAAGAAAUAACACGCCGUCGUUAGACACAGGUCCUAGCUCAGCUUACGAGGGUCAACUUUACUCGUACAUCGAAACCUCUGGAAUACGAAAGGAUGAUGUAGCCAUUUUAGAGAGCCACUAUAUCAUUACAACUACGACAUUCUGCCUUUCCUUUGCUUACCAUAUGUAUGGCGCGACCAUUGGUACCUUGCAAGUGGCGAUAAAGUCUCCUAACGGCGACCAAAUCUUAUUCAGCAAACAGUACGCCCAAGGGAACAAGUGGAUCGUCACAAGUGUCGAUGUUCCUCCUUCAAAUGGAAAGAUUCAAUUCAUUGGUAUCAGAGGAAGUGGAUACUGGAGUGAUAUUGCUGUUGACGAUAUCCACUUUAUGGCUGGCAGUUGUAAUACUGUGACAUCGUUCCCAACACAAUUCCCCACAACACAGACCUCGUCACCAUCUGUUGAAGACCAGGAUCUUCAUUGUACUUUUGAAACUGGAACAUCAUGUUUCCUGAAUAACAUCAACAAUGAUGAUUUUGAUUGGCAGAUUCAAAGUGGUAACACGCCGUCGUUAAGCACAGGUCCUAGCUCAGCUUACGAGGGUCAACUUUACUCGUACAUCGAAACCUCUGGAAAACGAAAGGAUGAUGUAGCCAUUUUAGAGAGUCACUAUCUCAUUACAACUACGACAUUCUGUCUUUCCUUUGCUUACCAUAUGUAUGGCGCGAACAUUGGUUCCUUGCAAGUGGCGUUAAAGUCUCCUAACGGCGAUCAAUACUUAUUAAGCAAACAGAACUCCCAAGGGGACAAGUGGAUCGUUACAAGUGUCGAUGUUCCACCUUCAAAUGGAAAGAUUCAAUUCAUUGGUAUCCGAGGAAAUGGAUACUGGGGUGAUAUUGCUGUUGACGAUAUCCACUUUGUGGCUGGCAGUUGUAAUACUGUGAUAGAUUGCACGAGUAAUCCAUGUGGUCCGAAUGCCCUCUGUGUACAGGAGACUAGCACUACUUAUCGAUGUGACUGCCACCCAGGCUUUACUGGAGUGUUAUGUGAUGUUGUACUUGGUCACGCGAACUGCACAUUUGAGAAAGGGGAGGAUUGUUUCCUAGAGAACAGUAAUCUGGACGAUUUCGACUGGCUCCUCAAUUCUGGGAAAACUCCAACCGAAUAUACUGGUCCACAUUCUGCUAAACAAGGUUCACAGUAUGCCUAUAUUGAAACUACUGGUAGACUUUUGGGUCAGAAGGCAAUGUUUGUCAACAAAUAUACGUUUGAAAGUGGAGACCGUUGCCUUACGUUUGCAUACCUUAUGUACGGAAAAACUGUCGGUACUUUGAGAGUACUACAAAAAACAAAUAUGAAUACGAUUGAAAUAUUUUCUAAAUCUGGUGAACAUAGCAAUUAUUAUGCAGAUUGGAAAAUGGCUUCGCUUGAUAUAUAUCACCACAUGAACGAUACAAUAGUUUUUGAAGCAACUAGAGGAAAAUCAUUUACAGGAGAUAUAGCUUUAGAUGACAUUAAGUAUACUAAUGGAAGAUGUGCUUGUGACCAAAUAACUUGUAAGAAUGGAGGAACGUGUCUAAAUAAGCAGAACGGGGGGUUUUGUCAAUGUCCACCCGAUAUAACAGGGAAUCGGUGCGAAAAGAAAAUUGGUCUUAUGGCGUCUUGUACUUUCGAUGAUGGACCUUGUUUUUUGACUGACAUCAACGGCCAAGACACCCUGGACUGGAGGAAAGCUGCUUGGCCCACUUUCGACACUUUCACAGGUCCUAGUAAACCCCUGGACGGAUUUUUCGCAUACAUAGAGGCAUCAGUAGGUCUUAAGCCCGGAGACAACGCAAUUUUCAGCUCCGCCACAACGUCACAACUUUCUCUCAGCGGUCCGUCAUGUCUUCGAUUUUUCUACAAUAUGAAUGGCAUUGAAAUAGGGACACUGAGAGUCUUCGCAGGUGAACGGAACUCAGAACAAAAAGUAUGGUCUCUCUCCGGAAAUCAAAAUGAUCAUUGGAUCCCAGUGGCCGUAUAUAUUCCGCCUACAAACGAUCUUGUAAUUAGGAUUGAGGCUAUUCGUGGCAAGGGCUACCUUAGUGACAUCGCCAUAGACACGAUUGAACUCUUUGAUUUUCCUUGCCCGGAAGUUUCCCUCCCAGCGAGCUGCACAUUUGAAGCUAAAACAGAUUGUUUCCUGAAGAACGAUAAGACGUUCGACGACUUUGAUUGGAAUGUUAGGGAUCACCCAACAUCUUCAGAUGGUACAGGUCCCUCAAGGGCAGCUGAAGGAAACUUUUAUGCUUUCAUUGAAACUACCGGAAGAAGGAAAGGUGACAUAGCUACACUUGAAAGAUUGCUUCCAGUUCCGGCAGAUGGGAAAAUGUGCCUGACGUUUGAAUACCAUAUGUUUGGAAAACGCAUGGGUUCGCUGGAAGUGCUUUUCCGAAACACGACUGUUUUUUACGAGUUUGGUCAAAAAGGAGACAAGUGGAACAAAGUUGACUUGAACUUGAAUGGCCUGAGCGGUACAGCUGUUCCAAUGUUGCAGUUUACAGCCACCCGAGGAUGUGGUUUCCAGAGUGAGGUAGCUAUUGAUAACAUACAACUUUAUGAGGGUGAAUGUGUUUCCCUCCCAGUGAGCUGCACAUUUGAAACUCUAAACAUUCAGGAUUGUUUCCUGAAGAACGAUAAGAAAUUCGACGACUUUGAUUGGAAAGUUAAUGAUCGCCCAACAUCUUCAGGUGGUACAGGUCCCUCAAGGGCAGCUGAAGGAAACGUUUAUGCUUUCGUUGAAACUAUCGGAAGAAGGAAAGGUGACAUAGCAACAUUAGAAAGAUUUGUUCCAGUUCCGGCAGAUGGGAAAAUGUGCCUGACGUUUGAAUACCAUAUGUUUGGAAGACACAUGGGUUCGCUGGAAGUGCUUCUCCAAAAUACGACUGUUUUUUACGAGUUUGGUGACAAAGGAAAUAAGUGGAACAAAGCUGAAUUGAAUUUGAAUAGUUCGGCUGUUCAAAUGUUGCAGUUUACAGCCACCCGAGGAUGUGGUUUCCAGAGUGAGGUAGCUAUUGAUAACAUACAACUUUAUGAGGGUGAAUGUGCCGUCCCCCUGCCUACCUGAACUAUUAACAAUGUUACUCUAUCUCAAAAUCUUCUGUUGGACCCGGCAUUCGACAAUUGGACACGAUACAAAUUGCGUGAUCUCGCCAAGAUGUUACAGAACUUAUUAAAUCAACUUGUUAUGAAUAGUUUCUGUGAUGUUCUUGCUUGAAACAGCAUUCAAUGAUAAUAAGAUAUUUAUUGACGAA